CAGGGGAACGAUGAGGAGGCGGUGCUGGACCAGGGUAAGACAAGCUCCACCCUCAACACUAACUUUGAGAAAGAAGAACUAGAGAGUCACAGGGCGGUGUACGUUGGGGUUCAUGUCCCUCUGGGCCGACAGAGCAGGAGGCGUCACCGUCACAGAGGACACAGACAUCACCGGAAACGGCGGGACCGAGAGGACGGACGGGACUCGCCCACCAAUGACACACCGUCGCAGAGAGUCCAGUUCAUCCUUGGGACGGAGGACGAUGACGAAGAACACAUUCCCCACGACCUGUUCACGGAGCUGGACGAGCUCGCCUUCAGGGACGGAGAGCUCCAGGAGUGGAAGGAGACGGCACGGUGGUUGAAGUUUGAGGAGGACGUAGAAGAUGGUGGUGAGCGUUGGAGUAAACCGUACGUGGCGACGCUGUCGCUGCACAGUCUGUUCGAGCUGCGUUCCUGCAUCAUCAACGGCACCGUGCUGCUUGACAUGAGAGCGAACACCAUAGAGGAGAUCGCAGACAUGGUGAUCGACAGCAUGCUGGCGUCAGGUCAGCUGGAGGACGGCGUUCGGGAGAAGGUGAAGGAGGCCAUGCUGAGACGUCACCACCACCAGAAUGAGAAGAAGCUGAGCAACCGGAUCCCACUGGUUCGAUCCUUCGCCGACAUCGGCAAGAAACACUCCGACCCCCAUUUACUGGAACGUACCGGGGAGGGUCUGUCCUCCUCUCGUCUCUACCUCCUGCGUCGCUCCUCCAGCCCUCCCAUGUCCCCUCAUCUCACCAGCCUGCUCGGACGCCACCUCUUUGAGGCCUGUCCGCCCGGCCUCACCCCUUCCCUCUCUGCCUCCCUCCUCCACGCUCCUCCCUCCGGCUCUCAGCGUCGCUGCUCUGCUCCGGAGGGGCUGUGGGGGAGGAUCCCUGAGGAGGAAGAGGAAGAGGAAGAGGUGAAGAUGGAGGACAAACAGGAUCUGAUGUUUCCUCACAGUCAAACAGGCAAAUCCUGGCAUGACAGUGUGAACGCUCCAAACUAAACCUGCUCUGCUGUGUGAGAACUUCAACAUCUGCAUGUCGACUAAAACCGUUUCUUCUGACUGGUUUUGUUUGUAGAGCAAAAGAAUCACAGCUGGAAAACAACUGCACAACUUUAUUUAACAAACUGAUUUAUGACGUAUACAUCUUAAAGACAACUCUUCUCGUUUACAGACACAAUCACCUGUGGUCAAGCGUAAACAUCAGAAUCCUCGUCCUGGUUCCGACAAACGACGACAGGAUCAUUAUCGCUUUGCAAGUUUCAUUAAUUGUUUGAGUUUGUUGAUGGAACGUUGUUUGGACGCUGCAGUUUAGUUUGUUGGUUUGUUUGUAUGCGUCGUCACUUUUAAGUUCAGAGGCUCAUGUGGUCACCACCUGAUCUGUGGAUGAUCACACUUCACCUUCAGCGUAUCAAUGAUCUGUAGACGUGAACCGAGUCAUCGUCGUCUCUCCUCUGACCCCUCGUUACUGAGUGACUGUUAAUGUGCUGAAGUAAAAAAAGACAGGAAGUGAUGCGUGAGCAAGACGACUGACCGACCACUGACUGCUGACUCCAGUGGAACGAGAAAACCACGAAUCAUUCAGGUGAAGACAGAACAUCAAAUACUGAUGAGUUUAAAAACCUGAACCAACUUGGAUCUACGAACUGUUCAGUGUCACUGACGACACUUUGAACUGACGUUUAAGGGACAGUUCACUGAAAAAUGACAUUUCACUCACUGUGAUGGGGGGAGGGGCUUCAGACAUGAUAACAACUGAAAUAACUUGCCUCCAUGUGUGGUGUCUUCAAGUGUCCGUAACAUGAUCUCUUCCUACGAGGUGCAUUCACGGACCCUCCGACACACCCUCGUGUUUCUACGCUAGCUUAGCCACUCCCUGUGAACCUUUAGGCUUAAAACUGGGAGUUUUUCAGUGAACUAUCCCUUUAAGGUCUUAAACUGAAACUUUAUUCUUGUCCCUCAGUUGUCAGUCACUUGUCCUGGUUGAGUGUGAUGCAGCAGUGUGGGAUGAUGGGAGUUGUAGUCCUCUGGUUAGGAUUCCUUCAGGGUUGAUGGCUCAGGAGGUUUUUAAUCAGGAGCUCU